CUCCUGAGUGUCCCAUCCACUGGCCUCCUCCUCCCCUCCCUAACCUCUCCCAUCUGUGCCCUGCCCUGGACUCUUUCCCAGGCUUGGGGCCUCCACUCUUACCCAAUCUAACCUAUCCUUUUUCACACAGUAGCUUUCUGACACUCAUCUCUGACCCUGCCCUCUCCUGCUCAAAGCCCUCUGUGGCUCCCCAGUGCCCUCGAAACGAAGUCCAAACUCCUUAGUCUGGCAUUCAGGGCCUUUUACAACCUCACCCUAAGGCAGCCACAGGCUAGGACAGGAGUUUCUGAACACAGACAGACAUACAUGCAAAUCACAUCUCCGGAGCUUGAGAAGCUUGCCUUUCCUCACCUCUGCCUUAUCCCCAUUCCUUUUUGCCUAAGGCCGGCAAUCAGACUCCCCUCUGUCAACACUUUGCCUGUUUGGUCCUUGCAAGGUUCCACCACUGGGCGGGGGAGGGGGCCCAGCCUGGUACCCCACCCCCACUCAGCCAGGACGCAGGUCUCCAACAACAGAACACCAGAGCCACUCAACAACACUGAAACCCAGUCGGGGGGCCCAGGGCCCCUCGUCCCAAGCCAGGAAGGCUUUAGGGGAGCAGGAUACCUGGGUGGGUUCUGGGUGCAGGCCCUGGCAGACUCACAGUGUAGCCAAGGGGUCUGGGGGUGCCAGGUAAGCAGGGGCCAACCUCACAGGAGAAGGCACGAGUGCGGUUGUCUUUCCCCCACCGGGGGGCUGGUGGUGUCAGAGGCCUUGGCGGCGAAGCCAGUGGCGCAGGGGCCUGGGCAGGGCGGUGUCCGGCAGCAGGGACACCAUGGCCACCAUCCAGUCAGAGACCGACUGCUACGACAUCAUUGAGGUCUUGGGCAAAGGCACCUUUGGGGAGGUAGCCAAGGGCUGGCGGCGGAGCACGGGCGAGAUGGUGGCCAUCAAGAUCCUCAAGAACGACGCCUACCGCAACCACAUCAUCAAGAACGAGCUGAAGCUGCUGAGCUGCAUGCGGGGCCUGGACCCCGAGGAGGCCCACGUCAUCCGCUUCCUUGAGUUCUUCCACGACGCCCUCAAGUUCUACCUGGUCUUCGAGCUGCUGGAGCAAAACCUUUUUGAGUUCCAGAAGGAGAACAACUUCGCGCCCCUCCCUGCCUGCCACAUCCGUACGGUCACCCUGCAGGUGCUCCGAGCCCUGGCCCGGCUCAAGGAGCUGGCGAUCAUCCACGCCGAUCUCAAGCCCGAGAACAUCAUGCUGGUGGACCAGACCCGCUGCCCCUUCAGGGUCAAGGUGAUCGACUUCGGCUCGGCCAGCAUUUUCAGCGAGGUACGCUACGUGAAGGAGCCGUACAUCCAGUCGCGCUUCUACCGGGCCCCCGAGAUUCUUCUGGGGCUGCCCUUCUGUGAGAAAGUGGACAUGUGGUCCCUAGGCUGCGUCAUGGCUGAGCUGCACCUGGGCUGGCCCCUCUACCCAGGCAACAAUGAGUAUGACCAGGUGCGCUACAUCUGUGAGACCCAGGGCCUGCCCAAGCCGCACCUGUUGCACGCUGCCCGCAAGGCCCACCACUUCUUCAAGUGCAACCCCCAUCCUGACGCCACCAACCCCUGGCAGCUCAAGUCCUCAGCUGACUACCUGGCUGAGACCAAGGUGCGUCCACUGGAGCGCCGCAAAUACAUACUCAAGUCCUUGGACCAGAUCGAGACAGUGAAUGGUGGCAGUGUGGCCAGUCGGCUGACCUUCCCUGACCGGGAGGCACUGGCAGAACAGGCCGACCUCAAGAGCAUGGUGGAGCUGAUCAAGCGCAUGCUGACCUGGGAGUCCCACGAGCGCAUUAGCCCCAGUGCCGCCCUGCGCCACCCCUUUGUGUCCAUGCAGCAGCUGCGCAGUGCCCACGAGACCACCCGCUACUACCAGCUCUCACUACGAAGCUGCCGCCUCUCACUGCAGGUGGAGGGCAAGGCCCCCACGCCUGUCGUGGCCACUGCAGAAGAUGGGACCCCCUUCUACCAUCUGGCCGAGGAGAAGGAGGCCACGGGCAUGGACAGUGUGGCCGGCAGUGGGCCCUUCUUCCGAGAGGAGAAAGCACCGGGUGUGCAAAUAGCCAUCGACCAGCUGGAUGACCUGAGUCUGCAAGAGGCUGGGCACAGGCUGUGGGGCAAGACCCAUACUGACGUGGUCUCUGAUGUGCUGGCCCCGCUCAAGGCAGCCAUCACUGGCCACCACAUGCCUGACUCGGACCCCGAGCCCAUCCUGGCCUUCUACAGCAGCAGCCUAGGAGGCCACUACAAGGCCUGCAAGCCACCCUUGGGCUCCAAGUCCAACUCCAAAUUCAGCAACCUCAUCCAGCUGAGCCAGGUCUCGCCUGAGGAGGACAAACCCUGCUGGCGCCAUGGCUGGGAGGAAGGAGAGCACAUUAGGGCCUCUGCUGAGUCCCCGGCCAUCCUGCAGCGAGACAGGGAUGGGCCCAACAUCAAAGACAUGACCGUGGAUGCUGAGAAACAGGGCAACGGCCUGUUGCCCAGGCUGGAGUCCAGUGGUACAGUCAGCUCACUUCAGCUUCAAACUCCUAGGCUCAAGUGAUCCUCCUGCCUUAGCAUCCCCAGGGACUACCGGUGCACCCAACCACACACGGCUAAUUUUUAUUAUUUUUUUUGUAAAAAUGGUGUCUCCCUAAUUCUUGGGUAUCUUGUCUAGAACAAUAAAUAAUAAAACCAAAAAAAAAAAAAAGAAAAAAGAAAUGGUGUUUCCCUAUGUUGCCCAGGCUGGUCUUGAACUCCUGGCCUCAAGUAUUCCUUCCAUCUUGUCCUCCCAAAGUGCUGGGAUUACAGGCAUGAACAACCAUGCCUGGCUUGAAAAAAAUUCUUUUUGAGACAGGCUGUCACCCAGGCUAGAGUGCAGUGGUAUGAUCAUGGCUCAAUGCAGCCUUGAUUUCCUAGGCUCAAGUGAUCCCCCUGCCUCAGCCUCCCAAGUAGCUAGGACUAUAUACAUGCACCACCCCACUGAGCUAUUUUUUUUUGUAAAGACAGAGUCUUGCUAUGUUGUCUAGGCUGGCCUCAAGUGAUCCUCUUACCUCAACCUCCCAAAGUGUUGGGAUUACAGGCAUAAACCACCUAAGCUGGUCUGAAUUGUUAAUUGCAUUUAAUUAGCUUAAUUGAAAGAGCCACCUGUGGCUAAUUCAAGUGAUUCUCUGCCUCAGCCUCCCGAGUAGCUAGGAUUACAGGCACCCACCACCAUACCUGGCUAAUUUUUUUGUAUUUUGAGCAGAGAUGGGGUUUCACCAUCUUGGCCAGGCUGGUCUUGAACUCCUGACCUUGUGAUCCACCUGCCUCGGCCUACCAAAGUGCCACGAUUACAGGCUGGCCCAUUUUCUAACUGAAAUAGAGGCCUAAGGACGUUGGCCUAAGCAGACCCCUGACUCCUGACCAAGCAGAAUGAGCUGGGGUGAGGACUGGCGGUCAGGAUAUGCCCUCCCUAUCACCAGCAGACAGUGACAGAUGGAGGCUGUGAGUGAUGGCAUGGAGCUGGGACAUGGCAGGCCCCACUUGCCCCAGACUCACCG